AUGGCGCAGGGACGCAGCCUCGCAGUGCCCCGCGCAGCACCUGUCCUCACCGCUUGCUUUCUGGCAUGCGUAGCCACAGGUCUGGAACUGUCUGUAAACAACCAGACCGCUGACUUCUCCCUGUGCACAGAGCCUCUCUCUACAGUCUCCCUCUCCUGCCUAGUACAGAACAGCAGCUGGGAUGAGGAGCUGCUCUGGUACCGAGGAGAUGGGCAAGUGGAUCUGAAAGAUGGGAAUAAAGUGAACGUCAGCAACAUCUGCAUAUCCCCAGUCUCUGAGUCUGACAACGGAGUCACCUUCACGUGCAAGCUGGCCCGGAACAAUUCCGUCCAGGUGUCUGUGAUCCUGGAUGUCCAGUUUCUUCCCCAGCUGACUGGAGAAGAGUCCCUCCAAAUCGAAGAAGGCAAAGAUGUUUCUCUGACCUGCAACACCAAAUCCAACCCUCACGUCCAAACUGCUUGGUAUAAGAACAACGAAGCCUUGACCUUACAGCAAGAUCGUUACCAGCUGUACGAGACUAGUGAGGUCUUGCAGCUCACUAUCCAAAAUGUACAGAAGUCUGACAACGGGACCUACACCUGCUAUGUGGAAUCUUAUUUGGGAAACAGCACAAAGGAUUUCCACCUCACAGUUGAAGAUGAAAAAACUCCUUUUCCCAUGGAGGCUAUCAUUGCUGCCGCUGUGGUGGUUACACUCACGGUGCUUUUUGGAAUUGUGGCUCGAAAAGAUAAAAUUUUUAAGUGCUUCAAAAAAUCAAGUGAAACAGCACUGUAA